AUGGAUUCAGACGCCAGCAUGGGCUCCAGCCGAGCCUCCUCCCCAGAGGUGGAUGAAUUUUUCCUGCACUCUCGGAGAGGAGGCGGCUUCUCGGCCGCAGUCUCUUCUUCCACCAUGAGCGACUCCCCUGCGGAGCUGAGCGCGGAGCUGCGGAACGCUAUGGCCAUGGCGGCCGCCGCUGGAGAUAAACUGGGCGCCUUCAAGGCGGCGGCGGCGGCGGCUGCAGCGGCGGCGGCCAAGAAGGAUAAGAAGCAAAUGAGUGAGAAUGAAUUACAGUCACUGAGGCUGAAGAUCAACAGCCGGGAACGCAAGAGGAUGCACGAUCUGAACAUCGCCAUGGACGGGCUGCGGGAGGUUAUGCCAUAUGCCCAUGGACCCUCUGUGCGUAAACUCUCCAAGAUUGCCACCCUGCUUCUUGCCCGCAACUACAUCCUCAUGCUGACCAACUCCCUGGAGGAGAUGAAGCGUCUGGUCAGUGAGAUCUAUGGGGGCCACCACCACCAUGCGGCAGCGGCGGCGGCGGCAGCGGCAGCCGCCUACCACCCCUCAGCCUGUGGGGCAAUGACCCAUGGACCUCCUCUCUCUGCACACCCAGUUGGACACCCUGUGCACCAUCCUUUGCUGCCUUCCACGGCUGCCACCCUGACCACCACUGGUAUCUCCUCAGUCAGGGCAGCUCAUCCACCACCACCUCCAGGUCCUCCAGUUUCACAUCCAGCUUCUCAUGGUCUACUUAAGUCCCCCAGCCCUGGUUCUGCUCCUCUUGGUGGGGCUUUUCCACACUGGAGUGGGAUGCCAUGCCCCUGCAGUAUGUGCCAGGUGCCCUCUGCAGCUCACCAUCAUGUCACCGGGGCCAGCCUGUCCAGGCUGAGUGCAGACACCAAAUGA